CUUCUCUCGUGCAUCUGCCAGACGCAGAGCUAUGAAAGCCACACAACAAAAUGGCACAUCUUCUGCGCGGAAAACAGGCGGGUGUUCCCAACGACCUCAGCACCGGCCUCGGAGCUGAUCUCUUUGUACUGGACCAUAUUCGCAACUAUGGAAUCAACUCAAAAGUUACCCAAGUCGCAUACGAUCCCGUGCAAUCCCUCAUCGCCAUCGGCACGAGCGAGAGCCAAUUUGGCAACGGUCAGAUUUACGUCUUUGGGCAGAAGAGAGUCGAAGUCGUCCUGCCGCUCCCGCAUCGUGCAUCAGUCAAGAUACUGCAGUUCUGCGCCGAGAAGCUGCUUUGUGUAGACUCCAGAAAUGACUUGAGUGUCUACUCGCUGGAAAGCAAAAAACUGGUCAACGCGCAUUCCCCGCCAGCCAAGAUCACGGCCCUUCAUAGCGACCCUACAAUCGACUAUGCGCUAUUGGGUACACAGCAUGGAGAAGUCUUCGCGUACGAUCUUGACAGGGAGACACUCACUCCGUUCAAGAUCCCGAACUUGUGGAGGGAGAAGUACCCCCGGUCGCGCUUGACGUCCGUCGUCACACUGUCUCUGCACCCUCGAGAUAUCGGCUCUUUGCUCAUUGGAUACAGUACCGGCGCUGUCAUAUUCUCAUUCAAGCAGAACAAGGCGCUAAGCUUCUUUAACUACCUGCUGCCCAAGGGCGCUCCGGGAGGCGACUCGGAUCCUGCCUCAAUUUUCAAGGAACGGGAACCGCCUUUGACACAGGCUGUUUGGCACCCAACAGGGACGUUCAUCUUAACUGGACAUGAGGACGGCAGUAUCGUCAUCUGGGACCCAAAGGACGGGAGGAUCAUCCAGGCUAGGACCCUGCAGGAUACAAAUGUACACCAACCAGGACCAGGAAACCUCAGCGCUGGCGCAGUGGAGGGGUCCUUUGCGAUCAAAUCGCCAAUCUUCAAAAUCGCAUGGUGCGCAAAUCAAGACCCAGAUGACACGGCCAUACUCAUUGCUGGCGGCCAACCCUCAAAUAUCUCAGUAAAGAGCCUCACACUGCUCGAGCUGGGUCGUACCCCUGUCUAUGCUACCGCAUCAUGGCAGAUACUUUCAAACCACUUUGAAAACCCCAAAAGGCAGCGAAUCCUGCCAUGUCCACCCGGCGCUGAAGUCGUCGACCUAUGUCUGAUACCUCGGUCCUCCCCACACUACGCUGGAUGUCAUGAUCCAAUAGCUAUCAUCGCCAUGCUCGCCUCGGGAGAACUCAUCACCAUGUCGUUCCCCAGCGGCAUGCCUAUAUCCCCCACCAACCAGCUACACCUCUCAAUGACCCUCGUACAUCCGUAUAUAAAUUACGCGAAUCUUGCGCCAGUAGAGCGUACGAAAUGGCUCGGUAUGACUGAAAAGCGGGAGCAAGGUCCACAGUUUCUAACGGGCGGCGCCGGAGCCAUUUCUCCACUAAAGCGAUUCGAGCAUCGCAACGUUGUACAGACCUCCCACGCAGAUGGCACAGUAAGACUUUGGGAUGCAGGGCAUGCCGAUGAGAUUGAGAAUGAGGCGCUGCUCCAAAUUGAUGUGGCACGGGCGGUAGGUCGGCAGGAGAAUGUGGAAGUGACACGUACCUCUUUUGCGGGUUCUGCUUCAGAGCUUUCGGUCGGGCUCAGGUCUGGUGAGGUAGCAGUGUUCAGGUGGAAUAUUAACAAGCACCCCGGGCAGGAGUUUCCUCUCGGCGAGAACCAGCCCCAAGCAUUAACUAACAUCACCGAAAGGACUGAAGCGACGCUUAAGGAAGGUUUAUUACCAUUUACACUUCUUGAUGAGGGCAACGGGGCAGUCACCGCGCUAAAGCAUUCAGAUGUCGGCUUCGUUGCAGCUGGUUUUGAAGGUGGAAGCUUCGCUAUCAUUGACUUGAGAGGGCCGGCGGUCAUUUAUAGAGGCUCGAUACAAGACUUCAUCAAGUCUGACAAGCGCGGUAGCUUCCGACGGAGCUCAAACCAACCUACAUCUAAGCCGGAGUGGCCGACAUGCAUCGAGUUCAGUGUCAUGACGUUAGAGGACGAUGACUACUCCAGUAUCCUAUGCCAUGUUGGAACAAGCCUGGGACGUCUGGCGACGUUCAAGAUACUACCAGAGUCCGACGGUCGAUACUCAGCAAAAUUCGCUGGGGUCUGCUCGCUAGACGACAAAGUCGUCAGGAUCUGCCCUAUGUACGCUGAAUCAGGUCGCCCCGCAUAUGCUUCUCAGUCUGCAGUCGCCGGUCUGCGCAAUGGUUCCAAGAUCAAGGGCGUUCUGCUCGCAGUCACAGCUUCUGGAGCACGAUUGUUCCACCCGCCUACAAACAAAGGUGCGCACAAGGCGUGGGACCAAUUCCUAUGUGACUCAGCGGCUGUUGUGCGGUACCAGGAUCUCGGUUACGCUUUGCUAGGGCUGUAUGGCGAUGGGUAUGCGAGAGCGUACUCGAUACCUGCCAUGAAAGAGAUUGGAUCAGUCAAGGUUAGUGAUAUGCUGGAUGUACGGCGAUUCUCUGAGGCUGUUAUCACGAGCACGGGAGAUAUUUUGGGGUGGAAAGGACCUGCUGAGAUGGUGUUGAUCAACGUUUUCGGGACAGGUCUACAAUUUGACCGCACGAAAGACAUGUUGUUGAACCCGCAGCUUCUCAUACCCCCUCGGCCAACUAUUAGCAAUUUGCAAUGGAUAUCUGGUACACAACACGUCUCACCCGCCGAUAUGGACUUGUUGAUCGGCGGCCCCGACCGCCCACCCUCAAAACGCAUGCUCGCGCAAAUGCGCUCCGAGGCGGAACAACAACGCCGGGCUACGGCACACACAAACCAGUCUGCUUCCUCUUCCUCUGCAUACCCUUCCUAUCCUACGGCACCGCCGCCAACUAAUGAAGGAUGGGGCGCAUGGGCGUCACGACAGUUCAACGAAAGAACAGAGAAGCUAGGACAGGUGGGAGAUAGUAUGGAUAACUUGCAGCAAAACAGUGCGGGGUGGGCGGACGACGUGAAUAAGUUUGUUUCAAAGCAAAAGAGGGGUUUGGUUAUGGGAGCUGUCAAGGGUAAAUUUGGGUUCUAAGUGACUUUAAUGGGGACAAACCAAAAGAAAUAUCAAAAGUGUACGUCUAUGCCUAGAAGGUAUGGUCGAUACUGUCAGGUUUUUGUGUCUCAUGGAGUCUAGGCGUUUGGUGAGCUUCGUAGGCUCUAGAGUAGCUUUGGUAGAGCAUUUUGUUGCGAUUAUCGAGGCACAUGUUACCACAGAUGGAAUUCAUCCAAUGAAUGCUUACCUAGUGCCAGCAGUUCUUGCACUCAAAGCGCCUCCCCAGAAAACCUUCGAAUGAUCUCCACCGUCUUCU